AGGUUAAAAGACAACGUUGCCUCAGUGUGAUUCGGGGUCUGUACCAUCAAAGCAGCUCACCGUUCCUCAGGUAACCGUCUGCUCGGGGCUGCUGGAGGAGGAUUUCAUCUGCAAUCACCGAAAACCAGAAAAAUGUCAGCAGAGAUGUUCGAGAUGAGCAGUGACGACCUGUUCCUGCCGCCAUACCAGGAUGAGGAGCUGGUAGAUAACCUCCUGUCCAGUGAGGAGUCCGACGGUGACGUAGGAGGUGGCAUCUCUCUGGCGAAGGCUCUGCUCCCCCUGGUGGACUCGUCUUCCCCGCCCCUCUCGCCAUGGCUCUUCUCCACCCGUUAUAAGACAGAGCUGUGCACCAGCUACUCCUCCUCCGGCUUCUGUAAAUAUGCCGAGCGCUGCCAGUUCGCCCACGGCCUCCAUGAGCUCCACGUUCCCUUUCGCCACCCCAAGUACAAGACGGAGCUGUGCCGUAGCUACCACACCACUGGCUACUGUUACUAUGGCAACCGCUGCCUGUUCGUACACAGCCCCACGGAGCAGCGCCCUGCUGUCCGCCGCCGCAGGAACGUCCCCUGCCGCACAUUCCGCUCCUUUGGCGUCUGUCCAUUUGGUACCCGCUGCAACUUCCUGCAUGUGGAUUGCGGCAGCGUGGACACCACUGAUGAAGAGAAGACUCCACCCCCUCCCAGCCCACAGCCACACCCACCACCUCAGACCAAAGAGUGGAGGCCACGCGGCGCUCUCUGUCGGACCUUCAGCUCCUUCGGCUUCUGCCUGUACGGGACACGCUGCCGCUUUCAGCAUGGCCUUCCCAGUAAGAUGAAGGCAUCUGAGCAGACUGCCACGACACCGCCGCCAUACCCGAGCAGCUCUGGUCUACCCUCCCCCACCUCCCCCUUCACCUCCACCUCCCCGGACUCCUCCGCCUCCUCCUCCCCACCGUCUGCCUCGCCACCCGCCGAAACUACCGCCCACAAUGCCUUCACCUUCUCCAGCCAGCACCUGAGCGACCUGCUGCUACCGCUCGCCCUGCACCUGCAGCACCUGGAGAGCAGCAAGGGGGCGGAGAUCUGGGACAACCGGGCACUCUGAUUGGACCAGGACCAGCAGCACUGAGGCCACGCCUCUUUUUUUUUUUCUCAUUCUUUCUGUGGACAUUAAUUUUUUAACUGAAGGUCAUUUUACUUGAGGACUCGUGUCUGCAGGUCAUCAGGACUUAAUCUGGUUCUGGUCUCUAACUUAAGGAUGUAGCUAUGAGUGUAAUUUAAGUUUUUAACUAUUGUAAAUACUUUAUUAUUGAAUUGAGUUAAUGAAAUGUCUGAGCUCAGCAGCUUCAAUAAACUCAUUUUAAGAUACAAA